GCUGCUGAUCUGAUUGACAGUCAAUGAAAAUUGGUCAGCCUUGCAUGUUGCGGAUUACGUCACCGGUGUCCAUGUCCCGAUGCACCUGUUGAAUCAGCUUGAGGGCAGCUGACUGAGCACCGGCGGGAUAUUUGUGGACUAACAGUGACCAGGUCGAACGAGCUUGUUGUGCUCUCCGGACUUCCGGAAGAAACCCGUCAGACUGCGACAUUUCCCCCAUACGGUACCCUGAGGCCUCAGUCCAGCGUCGGGUAACAGUAGAAAGAGCCACCAGAGGACGGUCUGGGCCGAGUGUUGUCCCUAUGGAGAGCGCCCCGUCCUGGACCAGUGGUCCCAUUGAUGAAGGGCCAUACCGAGAGCGCUCCGUCGACCCCGUGGAGAUUGAGAUCCAGCACUUCAGAGUGAGGCACAAAGUCAACAAGGAUGCCAACGGCAAUACGACUGGGCCGGAGACCGUAAGCUUUCUCCCCUCCAAAGAGGAGCCCGUCUCGGGGACGUAUAUGUGCGGGCCUUGUGCUUCUGUGAGAAGCUGCAGGAAGCUCUUUUGUAGCGUUUUGACUUGUGGACUGUACCGCGUGUGCCGGCGCUUGCCUUGUCUCCUUUCGAGCGAAAGCUCAGCUCCCAAAGCGCCGGUGGAGAACCCAUCAAGUCCUCCACAGGCGGAGAACGGCUUCUAUCCUGACGUCUGCAUUGGGGGCGUCAAGGUGGACACAUCCGUCAUUGAAGAUAAUGAGGAGCAUGCAUCGUUUUCCACUUCCAAAGUCGAGAUGGACAGUCCGAUUUACUUCAGUAGCUUACCGGAGGAUGACUUAAUGUGCGGCAGCGGGAUGGAAGACGUGGACAAACUCAUCACCCGGAAGCUCAUGGAGGUCUUCUCUGAGUUUGAGAUCAACGAGCUGGCCAAGUGCACCACGGACUCCAUGUUCCUGCGGCGCUCCCGGGAGAUCAGUCAGCUGAUCUCGGAUAUCGUGGAGGAGCACAACAUGGAGGAGCAGGAGGCCGAGUGCCGGCUGGUGCGAGAGAUCAUUCGCAUCAGCACACGCAAGAGUAAGAAGAAGCCGCAGGUCAGGCCGCAGGAGCUGCAGCGGGACAGCGGCAAUGACACCUGGAACAGCAAGAGGAACAGCCAGAAGAGCAGCUUCAGUUCCAUGAGCGAUGGAAAGUUGCAGAUUUCAAUGGAGAGGUCAGAUGACAUUGAAGCCAGGAAGUUACGCAACAACAGUAGCCAGUCAUUCUCUCCGAGUUUGCAGGAAACUGGUGUGCCGAUCACGUCGGACACUCCUUUACUCCCCAGCAGCAUACGAGCAUGAGAGUGUCCCAUCAGACAUGCAUAAUUUUCAUUCCCACACCUCCAUAAAUAAUGAAGAACAUGUUCUCUGGCUUUUUUUGAGCAAGAGUGGCUGAUUUUGAAGUGUACCCCUAAAAAUUGUGAU